AAAACCGGAAGCACGUGUCGCCUACGUCACAUUUGGAAAAACAAAAACAAAUCGCGUCUUGCAACAUCUCUGUUGUUGCUGUUGUUUAUCGCUUUGUUUGUCGUGUUUACUGCGGUUUAAACGCUCCGAGCCGCGUCGAGUCUUCGUGUUCAUGGUCGUCCUGCGGGUCCGGACCGAGCUCUAGUUCACCGGAAAGCUCACGGUACUGGGAGUUAGUCCGCCAUGGCUCAGCAGAGAGGAGUCAACAGCCUGCAGUUCAACCAGGACCAGAGCUGUUUCUGCUGUGCGAUGGAGACGGGGGUCAGGAUUUACAACGUGGAGCCUCUGAUGGAGAAAGGACACCUGGACCACGAGCAGGUGGGCAGCGUGGCCUCCUGCUCCAUGCUGCAUCGCUCCAACCUGCUCGCCAUCGUUGGAGGAGGAGUCAACCCCAAAUUCUCUGAAAUAUCUGUGCUGGUGUGGGACGACGCUCGAGAGUCCCGAGACCCCAAAGACAAACUGGUCCUGGAGUUCACCUUCACCAAGCCGGUCCUGGCUGUUCGCAUGAGGCACGACAAGAUCAUCAUCGUGUUAAAGAACAGGAUCUACGUCUACAGUUUCCCAGAUAAUCCCGUCAAACUGUUUGAGUUUGACACCAGAGAUAACCCCAAAGGUCUGUGUGAUUUAUGUCCCAGCCUGGAGAAACAGCUGCUGGUGUUCCCGGGUCAUAAGUGCGGCAGCCUGCAGCUCGUUGACUUGUCCAACACGAAGCCCGGCACGUCGUCUGCUCCGUUCACCAUCAACGCUCAUCAGAGCGAGAUCGCCUGCGUGGCGCUCAACCAGCCGGGCAGCGUGGCGGCCUCGGCCUCUCGUAAAGGAACGCUGAUCCGCCUGUUCGACACGACGACCAGAGACAAGCUGGUGGAGCUGCGCAGAGGGACCGACCCCGCCACGCUCUACUGCAUCAACUUCAGCCACGACUCCUCCUUCCUGUGCGCCUCCAGCGACAAAGGAACCGUUCACAUCUUUGCACUGAAAGACACAAAACUGAACCGCCGCUCUGCGCUGGCGCGUGUGGGGAAGGUGGGCCCUGUGAUUGGUCAGUACGUGGACAGCCAGUGGUCUCUGGCGAGCUUCACCGUGCCGGCGGAGUGCGCCUGUAUCUGCGCCUUCGGGAAGAACACGUCCAAGAACGUCAACUCAGUGAUCGCCAUUUGUGUGGACGGGACGUUCCACAAGUACGUGUUCACUCCGGACGGAAACUGCAACAGAGAGGCGUUCGACGUCUAUCUGGACAUCUGUGACGACGACGACUUCUGAGGACGGCGGCCGGAUUUUAGGGGACAGACAGGAGGACGAGGACUCUGAGUUAAUGAUUACUGUCCUGUAGCGACAGGAAGAGACGUUCUGCUGAGAAUCACUCGUAUCUACAGGAUGGAGCAGCAUGAAUAGAAACAGUUUUCUGUGAAUGUGUGAGUGCAUCAUGACAAACACACCACGAGCUGCAUUAAUGACGUUAGAAACAAACUGAAUAAAAGGUUUUUAUAUGAAA